CAACAAUUGCGCUUUCAAUUCGCUCGAAACCUUCCCUCCUACCCGUGAUACAUGCCUGCUCCCCCAUCUAAGUAGAAGUUGACCCCAUACUCUCUGGUUGGCCCAUAGUUCCGUGCCGUCCUUGCGAGUCGCGACUAACUAUUGAAUAAGAAACUUGGGGGUGUGGGUGUGCUGUAAUCCUGAGGUAUUUGAUGCCCGAUCUCAUUACACCUUUUCCUUAAUCAGACGUAUUGCUAAUGUGUUGCGUACGCCUUCCAUAAUACUGUAUUUUAUUGGUCAAAAGACAACACAUACGGUACAUGAGAAAUAUAAGAAGACAUCAACCCUGUUUUUAAGUAUGGCGGGAAGCAUGGAUUCUCAAGAGUGAAUGGCUGGUGAUAUGGUGUAAUCGGGAGAAUUUUCAGCUGCUACUGAAUACUAGAACACACUGUUUGUUACAGCAAAAUGUUUAGAUUUGAUUUUGAGGACGAGGGUGCAGGAGAUUCAGAUGACAGUGCAGCAGACAUAGAUGGAGGUCAAGAGAAAACAAAGUUUAAAUGGGCUGAAGCAUUGGAGGUUCAUGUGGACAAGGAACAUUUCAAUACAAUAAAUGGAAGUAUCAAUGUUAAUACGUUUUCAUGUGGUAUUAUCAGAAUUCAUCAUAUCCAACCCAAUAUUAAGAAUGUCCAAGAUAGUGAUGUAUUGGAGGCAGAAUUGCGACAUUCCGACUUGAUCCCAGGAAAAUAUGAAGGUGGUUUUAAAAUUUGGGAAUGUACUCAAGACCUUGCUAACUUCAUGAUCAAGGAACUUUCUCAUGUGUUUCAUCCUGGAGUUCGUGUUCUUGAUCUGGGAUGUGGUGCUGGAAUUUUGGGUGUAUUGGCUCUUGUCCAUGGAUGUACUGUGCAUUUCCAAGAUUAUAAUGAAUCAGUAUUGAACUCGUUGACUAUACCCAAUGUUUUGCUAAAUUUGAGCAAAGAUGAAAAUGAUGAUAAAAUUGCUAGAUGUCGUUUUUUUGCUGGUGACUGGUUAUCAUUCUUGGAAUUGACUCAUCGGCAGAACAUUUUAUAUGAUAUAAUUUUGACCUCUGAAACAAUAUAUAAUCCAGAGAACUAUUGCAAAUUACAUUUUGUUUUAAAACAAAAGCUGAAGAAGACUGGUGCUGUGGGUUCAAAGAGAAAUAGUGCAGUUGAGGUUCACCACAAAUCCAGAGUAAAACAUACAUCAAUUCAAGAUGAAUCUCCGUGAUUGAUCCUACUUUCAGACACAAUUUUUUGGAGGAAGGUGCAUCUGCCAGUAAACAUCAUUUACUCAGAGUGGUGUGCUAUAUCUGAAUUACGUGUGCACCAAACAUAUCUUACCUUUAGGGAGGUAAGAUAAAUGUAGGAUAUAAUCUUAUUUUGGGGCCCACAAUGAUCGCAAUGAAGGUCGCUAUAAUUCAAAGCUCAACUAUUUUAAAAUAGCUAUUUUUGUGAAUUAAAAUUGUGUUCAUCAUUCAUAAAAGUUGAUUGGACCAAAACUAUUCCAAACACCUUAAAAUCUUUAAAAUUGUAGUUUUAUAUUCAAAACUACUUGAAGUUAAACUUAAAUUUGUUUGGAAAUUUAGUUAUAGAAAAUUAGUUGCAAAUAAAAAUGCUUUAUUGUGUGGGAGGAGAAUGACAUUGACAUUUCGAAAAACAUUGCUGUGAUUUUAAAACUUGCUUUGUACUAUUGUUCAAAACCGUUUUUAGCUAUUGCAUCAAGUUGAUAUUAAGUCAUAUUUUACUUACCUGUUUUAACACUUCAAAAAAUAUUUAUUGCAUUGCCAUCCUAAUGUUUAGCAAUUAUGAUUUAAUUUUUUAUUUUAUUUUUUGUAGAACUAUUUAGGAAUCAGUUCAAUCCCAGUUCAAAUUUUCAUGAUAAAAACAUCAUGAAAACAUAAUUAAAGUAGUCAUCUCCUUAAAUAUUUAAAGACCUCUCUUGUGAGAAAUGAAAGGGCCGAUUUCUAAACUACAGUAUUUGUGCAUAGUCUUGAAUGAUUUUUCUUUUCUCCCAGAAAAUUUACAAAAUUGAAUUGAUUUUGAUACUAACCUUAAUAUUUGGUGUUUUAAGGUGCUUGUUAGAAUGCUACAUACUUUUUGGGAGAAAAUUAAAUAAUAUAUUAGUUUCAAAACAAAAUUUAUAAAUGUUGUUGCUUGCAAACAUGAUUGCCAAAUGAAUUUUCAUUACUUGAUAUUUAUUUAAUGUUGUAUAUAUGACUUGAUAAAAUAUAGCUGUAAGGGCAUAAAAUAUGUAUGUUAUUGUGUUAUUAAUGGAAUAUCAUAGCACAAGUGACAUUUGUUAGCAUGCCAAAUGAAUCAUCUUAGAUAUAGCUGUGAAAUCAGUUAAGUGGGUCUGUGGAGUCAUGGGAUAACCUAACCCUCCAUAUUGUAGCACUUUUUAUAGGGAAAGACUGUUAGAGAGUGCUAGUCCGCUAUGGUUAUUGGUACAUGUUGUAUAGGAAUAGGUUGUUGGUAUGUGUUGAAAUAUGUUCAGUGUUCUAAAUUGUAUAAAUUCAUUGUAAGUUGUUGGUUGUAUUGACUAUAGAUGUUUGUUCUUCAUAAAUCAUGAAAUUAAUCGUUCAAUUCAGAAUUGAAAAUUUGCCAUUAUUUUAAGAAAAAUGAAUGAUAAUUUUUUUGUUUGCAAAACAAAUAGAAAAGGAGCUCUCUUUUUCGUACUGACAUAAACUUUAUAUUUAAACAAUAAAUUUACAAUGAUCUGUGCUUUCAGCAAUGAAAAGCGUAAAGAAAGAUGACAGCUUUCAGAGAUGAAUACAUUUUAUUUGUGAUUAACUUUCACUUGGGAUCUUUUUGCUUAAGGAGAAUGAGCAUAGUGAGUUUAAACUCCUGAAGUGAAUAAAGAGAUAUCUUAUAUGUAAUGUACUUUAAAAGAAUUGUGAGCACUGUAAACUUCGUUCCUGAAUAACUGUAUUGAAUUUCAAUUAUUCAGAAUUAUUAGAGGACAUUUAAUAACAUAAAAAAUUCUGAAAUUUUCAUACAUUUUAAAUCACAUUGAGAUUCAAAACUUUUCUAUGACAAUUUGUCGAAGUGUUUGUUAAUGAAAAAAGGGAUAAUAUAUUCUUUUAAACUUGUUGUAUUUUUUACUCCAAUGCUAAUAGUCUUUUAAGUUGGAGACAUUACAGCCUAUUUCAUACUUUGAAACAUCUGGACUAUUUGCCUACAAAGUUGUACAAUAGGAAAUAUUUUACAAAAUCUAACAAUUUGUUAAUAAAAAGAAAGAAAGAAAAAAAAAUCUGAAAUUUCUUUUUAUCAAUGUCCAAUGUCAUAAGUACUUACAGACAAAAAUAUUGAAUGCUAUUGUUCUCCAUAUUUUGUGUAUGUAGAAGAAGCUGUUUUUUAUUGUAAUGAUCUUGUAUUCAGAUAUUCAAUUGGUAUUAGUAUGUUCAAAAUCUUUGUUGGUUAGCAAAUAGCUUAGUCGUUGGAUAACAUAGGUUAAUUGUCAAAAAGUAUAACUAAAGCAAACAUGUUUGUUGGUACUGAAGAAAUUACUGGCAAAAAGAAAAUCAUAAUCUGAAAGAAUUAUAAAUAAUAAACUGCAGAAUGUCACUCAGUACAUGAAGUAUUUUCCAUGUAUUAAUGAUAAAUAAUGUGUUUUUAAAAAGUAAUUUGUUUUCAUUUACUUCUACAAAUUGUGAGGAAAUGUGAGUAAAAGUUAUGUAGUUAGAAAAAUUAUAUAUAUAAAUGUAAAGUGUUAUUUAUG